AUGGUGGAAGAGAUGUCAUCACCGAACAUUGCUGCAAUGUUAGAUAAAACGGAAGAGCUUGAUCUGAUAAUUAAAGAGCAAGAGGUGAUUUUGUUGAAGAUCAACGAUCUCAACAAGAAGCUUAAAACAUCUCCUCAAGUAGUUGAGAACCCCAACGACAAUUCAUUAGAACUCCUUAAAUUGUGGUACACUCAGGCUAUGAAUCUAUCCAACUGCGAAGCAAAUAUUUGUGACUUGCUGGCAAACCAACUGGAUGCCCUUCUAGAAUUGCAACAACCAUCGCCGCCGCCGCUGCCGCAACAGCAGAAAAGAAUGGCCAAAGCACGUGUGGAACAACCGAAACGACAGAAACAAGUGAAAAGCUUGUCCAACCCUUCUUCUAUAACAGGGAGCCUAGAGGGGAAGGAGGUAGCAGCUAAGGUCAUGCCACAAAACUUUGAAAAAGGAGAGUGGAUUAUUGCGAGAGUGGUUCGUUUCGAUGAGGAAUCGAAAGAGUUUGAAGUUGUUGAUGAGGAGCCUGAUAAUGACGAUGCUAAAGAAGUUGAAAGUGGUGAGAAGAAAUAUAAGGUUCCCAUGAGAAGCAUCAUUCCUUUUCCUAGCAGUAAUGAUCCAACUAGUGCACCAGAAUUUUCUCCUGGAACAUAUGUUUUGGCAGUGUAUCCAGGAACAACUACACUGUAUAAAGCAAGGGUUGUGCGGGGCCAUAAUAAGCGGAAGAAACAUGAUUAUGUGUUGGAGUUUGAUGAUGAUGAGAAUGAAGAUGGAACUCUCCCUAAAAGGAAAGUGCCAUUCCACAAAGUCGUUGCUUUUAUUGCUGAGGGAGACGGCCAAUGA